CCUAUAACAAAUAAAACUAAUUGCUGCUUUAAUAAUUCAUUAUUAAAAAUAAAAAUAAAUCAAUGAGGUCUUGUAUAUUCACAUGCAUAUAUGCAAAACUCUCCUCAUUUGCAUAAUCAGGACACAACUGUUGAAAUCCUUACGUUCUACAAGCUACUGGAGUAAUACAUACAGCUUAUUACGCGCCCCUGAUGUAUCAGACAAUCACAUAGCUAUAAAGCCGGUUUUCCACCAGCGAAUUUUUUCGCUCGACGCGACUUUUUUCCUUUGUGGGAUCCUUUUUGCCAAGUCUUGCUGUACUCAUGAAUAAGUGAUACUGACAUAAAGGAAAAAAGUCGCUUCGCGCGAAAAAAUUCGCUAGUGGAAAACCGGCUUAACGUCUCAUAUUGGCUUGAGAUUGCAUGUGUGUCUGAUACGUCACGGCCACUAUGCUAUAUAUACUUGUGUUAUAUAAAAGUGCUAAUUGGUAGAUAUUUCAUUAAAGGUCCGAGUCACCAACACAAGCGUUUAUGAUUACAAUUGUGUGGUUAUAUAAUAAAUUUAUGGCACUAACUAACGAGGGCAAGAGUGAUGAAGAAGUGAGUACAGCAAUGAAAGAAACAGUGCUGGCGUAUGACAACAUGUGUCACCUAAACUCACUCCGUGCUUCCCGGAAGGAUUUACCUCUCCCGCCUCCUUUUGACAAAAUGUGGCAAAGUGUUGGCAAAGUCAUAGAUCGCUUACAUUUAAGAAAUCACAAAGAUCCUUCAUGUAAGAUUAACUAUGAUCCCGACAAGGUUUUACCUGAAAAUCUCAACACAAUGGCAGCAGAGCAGGUUAACGUUUGGGCAAGCAGAUUAAAGAGGAUAAUGGUGGCUAUGCCGUAUGCACACCAUAUGUUCUUUUUCCACAGAAUGGUGAAGAAAAGGAAUUCGUACACCGAGUUUUGUUACCAGGUUGGAAAAGACCCUGUUUUGCCAAAAAAUGCUAAGAGAUGGGUGAAACUCAAGUAAUUAACAAUGGUUAAUAGAGCGUUUGCACCCAAUCCCCAGGAACCAACUCAACAAAAGCCAUGACGUUCAUGUUGGUGUUCCAGACAAAAGUGUUUAAUUAAAAUUCUUUUGAAUUGGAACACCAACAUGGCUGCUGUGACGUCAUGUGCAAACGCUCUUUAAUAAUUAGACAUUGUAGUAUGUAAUUAUUUUAUUCAUAACAUUGUUAUUGUGAGAGAUUCUACUGCCUAGAAAAUACAAGCAGGACGUCGACGUUUCGAGCGAAAAGUCCUUUGUCGGGCUUUCGCCUCGAAACGUCGAAGUUCUGUUUAUAUUUUCAGUCGAGUAGAAAACUGUGGAUUAUGAGGGCUUCAACUAAAUGGCACAGACCGUUUGAGAGUAUAUCACACAAGAACUCUGGUGACAACGAUUGUGAACCUCAAGAGAUUCUCACCCAUAAUC